GAGCAGCUCAGAACGCUGCUGGAUGGAGUUGCGACAGCGACGAGGCCAGCAACACCAGAGGCGCCGCCACCCGCGAGGCCGGGCGCGGCCACGGGACUGUCGCCGCAGCAGCUGCAGCAAGUAAUCCAGAUGGUGCGAGACCAGGUCCAAGAGUCCAGCCGAACAGGUCGGGCAACCGACGCCGCAGGCGAGGGGCGGGCCAAUGGAGCAGCACCAGAUCAAGACGACGAUCCGCGGCAGCGGGAGGACCCCUGGAGCCGGAGACGUGCCGGAGAGCGAGACGCCUCAGAUGGUGUCGAGGACAACGCCGACCGGAACGGCUGGUGGAAGUCCGGCUGGAAAGACAGUUGGGGCGACGGCUGGCAGGGGGGCUCCGCCUGGAAGGACUGGGGCGGCUGGGGCGAGCGGGGCAAAGACUUCGCUGGCCCGGGCGCCUGGAGCAGUUGGAACGAGCACAGACUGUGGGGGGGCCAGCUGGUACGCUGGCGGCAGCUCACGGACAUUCCGGUCACAGGCGUGCGGAUCGCAUUCUCGAAGUACUUCCGCUCGACCUCCAGAGGAGAAGGUCUCACCGAGUGCGCCGCCCGGAUCGACCUGGCAUUCGACGAGGUGGCGACUCUAGGUCUUCCAGUCCCAGAGGACUGGAAGUUCAUGUUCUUAGAGGAAGGUGUCGGUCUCGACGAGAGAGGCCAGCAGUGGAUGAGGGUCGUGACGAAGACCCGUGGCUCCUACUCGGAGGCUCUCGCCGCGAUCAGGGAGAUGGGCGUCACUUGUCGAGGGCGUCUAUCGUUUCAAAAGAGAUUGUUCAUGGCAGAAAACAGUUUCCCCAAGGAUGAGCCCACAUACCCCGUGCAGACGGGCGAUCUCGAUCUCGACUCCACCCUGGAAGACGACGACGCCUCAUCGUUAGACACUGACGGCGAGCAGCAGGUCUACGUGGCGCUGGAGGGCCUGGGCCUGCAUGACGACGAGCUUCCACAGGCGUUCGCGACAGUGCAGGAGGAGAGACGCAAAACGUGGAAGCAGAACUGGGACUUCAAGCGCAAGAUGAAGGUCGAUCGCAAGUUCUUCGACCGCAGCAGGGACAAGCCGGAGCCGACCCACAGGCAGCCGCGCGGACAUCGCGCCGCCAAUGGGCAGGUCAGGCCGAGAAAGUCACGUCUUCCACUGUCGGAGUUGAUCAAGAGGACGAGGUGCCGAAAUUGCAAUCAGAUGGGCCAUUGGUCUCGCGAGUGUCCGGCGCGGAAUGGCCAGAGUGCAACCGCAGCUGCCGCUGCGAAUGUCAGCGCCUACGUCUAUGCGAACAUCCUCGACCCGACCCAGCGCCGCGACCUGGACUUCGACAGCGCCACCGUCGCCCUCAUGGGCGUCGAGCCCGGCGAGAUGAUCGUCGACGCCGCAGCGGGUCAAGGACUGAUCGGCAUGCCAGCUUUGAAGCGGCGCUGCGAGCUUCCGAGCAAGAGAGGUUUGGGAGUGCCCCAG